UGUACUCGUUGUUUUGGCUCCGUCGCCAAUCAGAGCGCGUUCUCGGGUUUGUUGUUGGUGAUGAUGAUGAACUGAAAAUAUUUGUUGUUACUGGAAGGCGAGCGAGGAGAGAGAGCGCGUGAAGGAAGGGCCAGGCAGGGACGCUCGCUUUCGACGGACGCGCAAACAUUGUACGGAGAUUUCCGUUCCCGGGAGUCGCAGAGGAGCGAACGGUGGCGAUGUCGGUGAAUAUGGAAGAGCUGAGACAUCAAGUGAUGAUCAACCAGUUUGUUUUGACCGCGGGCUGCGCGGCGGAUCAGGCGAAGCAGCUUCUGCAGGCGGCGCACUGGCAGUUCGAGACGGCUCUGAGCUCCUUUUUCCAAGAGGCCAACAUCCCCAGUCAUCACCAGAUGAUGUGCACUCCACGCAACACUCCUGCCACGCCGCCCAACUUCCCCGAUGCCAUCACGAUGUUCUCCAAGCUGCGGACGUCUGAAUGUAGCGGGGCGGGCGCUUCAGCCCAGAUGUCUAUGCCGUGUUCUCCUCCUCCACACUCCUCCGCACAGGGAUUCGGCUCUUUCUGGGCCUCCUCACCCCCCAACCACCAGCCGGUCUGGCUGCCGCCGUCCUCUCCCACAGGCCACCACAUGCUCCAUCAUCACCACCAUCACAUGCACCAGCCGCCCACGUGGCCACCCGUCUCCCAGCCCACCAGCGGCCAGCAGACGCCCGUCAUGUCAGCCCUGCAUGGCCAGAGAUGAGACUCUGCGGCGGGGGGAGACACGGGGUAAACAGGGCGAGGAUUCACAGUUUAACGGGGUGGGAAUAUACUCACUGAGACUUUGGAUGGCCAAUGGGGAAAGACGUGGUACCCUUUCUUUCAGUUUUCUAGUGAUGAACAAUCUCUCUUCUUUCAGAGAUCUCGUUUUGUUCUUUUACCUGUUGUCGAUUUACUUUCCAUCCAAAUCUGGGAAGAACCACUAUGAGGAGAAAAAGAUAAACAAAUUAUGGAAGUUGUUAAGAAGUGUAAGAGUCCCAAAGAAGCCUCUUUUUUUCACCAUCCAGCAGUGAAAGAAAGAAAGCCACGGAGUUGUCAGCUGUGGACGAUCAGGAUGAAUUUGUGCGUGUGAAUGUUCGGUCAUUUAUUCGUCGUACUCUGACUCUCUCCUCCUUCUGUAGCGCUGUGUUGGCUUUUGCAAUAAAAUGCCAGACAUUCAGUAAGACUGAAUCACAUAUCACGGUGGUCGUGCUGUUCUGCAUCCCGGGAAGCAUCAAGAAGACGUUUCUGUAUAACUAGUGUCUACGAGUUCUUAACAGAGGCUGUUAUGUGAUGAUUAAUCACCUUUUAUUUGUACGAAAUGCACAUUUUCAAGUGCACCUGGCCGCCGAUAUAACUGAGAUACUGAAUUGAAUUUAUUCUGAAUCGACAAGAACUGUUAGUCCAAAUGUAAAUUGGUGGGGGAAAAAAUGGGAACCAAUUGCAAUAAUCCCUGGUCAGAAAGUUUAUUCAUGUUUGAUAAAUUCCCAACUUUUAGCAUGUGUACAGUGAAAUCAGGAAAGCUUGUUGUGUUUCACCUAUAAUCUUCAUGGAGGAAUACAGUCAAUCCCAAGAGCUCAAAAUGCUAGCAGACUCUUUGUAAGGCUGCGAGCUGUCUGAUGUUUGGAGGUCCAGCAAAGCCGGUGUAGUAAAGCUCAGCUCCACCUACCUCAGCUCCAGCCGUGGCCUGAUCCUACCUCCGGCUCUCUGUGAGCUGCUGCGACCGAGGGCUCAGAUACCUCAAGCUCUCUGCCGAACACGCUGUGUGAAAGCCACCAGACUUGAUUGUUUCCAUGGACGAGGACUGAUCUAGUAUCAAUUAUUGUCAUUUGUGUUGUACUGAUUGUAAUGCCAUCGAGUGGGAAGGUUGACCCUUAGAUCAGUACAAUGGUUUUCUGAGAUGACGUUUCUUUUUCUCAUAAUGCCACCUUCCCUUCAUUUGUUCAUCUUAAACAAUCACUUUUGCCUUCUCGCAGUUUUAAUUUGUGGUUUAGUGUGGACCUCGGUCAGGCUGGACCCCAUAUUUAAUGUGAAGCGACUGGAAACGAGGUUGUUCGGUUGCCAAAAUUUAGCCAAAAACUUUGUGAUGAUUACUAAAGCAAUAUUGCAGAAAUUAAAUUUUUUUUAUUCCGUAUUUAAAUCAAUGGAAGAAUGGAUUAAUGAACGAUGCACGCCUAAAUUAGUUUGUCAUAGAUUAUUCGUAAAGAAGUAAAAAAAAACACACUUGCAUAGUAAAUAAAUACACUUGUACACUCUAUGUAUUAAUUCAGUGUCCUGUUGAUUAAGAAUUGAUUUAUAGAUUAUGUAGGAAUUUGCUAAAAUUUUCAUAAAAGCAAUCUUUUGUAAAUUUACAUUUUUAACUCCGUAUGACAAUUUAAACAAAAAUAGAUUUAUUAAUGGUGUACAUUGCUUGUUUCAUAAAUGAGGCAAAUUGUUCUUAAUUCAAUGCGACAAAUUACAAAAUAACUGAUCUAACAAUGAUUGAUUAGUUAAAAAACUAAAUUCUAAUUGAAAACAGUUUAAAUUAUAGAUAAUUUAAGUUUAUAAGUACUGUUGAUCUUAGACGUAAAGAAGAAAAUUACUAUUACUAACAAAAAAAUGUAAUGCAAACUUGAAUUCUGCUUGCAUUUACUUCUAUUGCCAUGAUUUAACCAUGACAUGAUUUAUAUACUAUUUGUCCUUUCUCCGAAAAAUAGUUGUUCAAUUUAAGCGUACACAAAAUGAAUUUGCGCAUGUUCAUAAAAUCAUUCUUUGGUAAAUUUUCAUUAAACGUUAACACAAACAGGACAAAUUUGUGUUUUGUGUGCAGAAUUUGUAAAUACAUUGUUAAAUUGCCCUGCUGAACUUAAACGCAAAUAAAAAACUAAUUUGGUUUUACAAACUAUUCACCCAAAUUCGUUCUGCCAGCGUGUGAGUUUAUUUAAUCGCGACCGGAUUUACAGAGUCUUUGUACGUUCUCCGAGAAAUCAUUGCACUCAGUUUUAGCGCAAACCGAAUGAAUUUGCGAGUGUUCAUAAAACCAUGUUUUCAGAUAUCCACAUGAAAAUUUGCAUUGAACAACCUCACAGCUUCCUUCAGUCAGACCAACCAACCUAAAUAUGGAGUGUAAUUCUAACUGGUCCAAUUGAAAGCAUUAGCCAUUUUUAUUUAAUCAGAUGGCUAUGUGAUAAAUCAGCUUCAGUGUUUUGGCCCAGAAAAUGCAUGUGAAAUGUUUAAAGUACUCUUGGUUUGGGAAAGCGCCACUAGAAUGAUAUGGCAGAUAGUAAUUUGGACACAGAUGGUGGCUGUUGUUUGAUGUGUAGAAAGAAACCUAGCAUGUUGGUUUUUUUGAAGGCUGAAAGUAAGUGUUUAGUAGCCAUCUGGGCAGUAGGUCAUUCCUGUUAAAGCGAUGCAAGAGACUCAGAUCUGAAGUUAAACAGCGGUGGCUCUGAUGUCAGCGUGGAGUUUGCCUGACCAGUGCCUUGAGGUUUGAAGCGUCUCCAUUUUUAUUCAGCUGUUGCUCGAUUGGAUUCCCACAGCAAUGCUCUCAAAUAUCAGUCUCUGGAGCACUGAAAGGCACAGGCAGUGAAUGUUUGAACAGUUGGGCUGCUGUAGAUGUCAGACCGGCGUGAUUCAGUUCUUCGGGGACGUGUUUGUUUGGACUGCGGCUGUGAUGACCAACAUACGCCGUGAGUCAUCGAGAGCCAGGAAGACUGACCAAUUCCUUCAUCGAGAAAACAAUUCACAAGCGAUCAACCUUUUGUAUCAACUUCCCUCCUGUACUGUCUGUUCUUUUCCCUUGUUGAGAUUUGUAUUUAUAUGUCAGACAAAAAAAGCUACGAUCUGAAACCAUUUUGGAGGUCAUUUGUGUUUUUAUUAAAGGUCAUAAUAAAUGAUUUAAUGACUA